AUGAUUGCCUUACGUAAUUUUGGCACGCGAUUUUUGAACAUACGUAUUAUUCAUAAUACCACAACUAUUAAAUUACCACAACGGGCAUAUAAUAAUAAUUAUGGCCGUUAUAGAUAUGAAGAAGUAGCCAGAGUAGCUAAACCCGCACCUUUAUGGGAAGCCUCUGCAGCUGUUGAUGGAGUUAUUAAACCACUUUCACUUAAAGACUAUAUUUCUAAAUAUUUGGUUAUGAUUUUUUAUCCUAUGGAUUGGACUUUUGUGUGUCCGACUGAAAUGGUUGCCUUCUCGGAUAAUAUCCAAAAAUUUAAAGACCUUAAUACGGAAGUAGUUGGUAUCUCUUGUGAUUCACCUCAUUCUCAUAUCGCGUGGGAGUAA